AUGGAGGCUUGGACGAGUUUGUGUCGUUGUUGUCUCUCUCCUGAUUCUGAUGUGUCAUUAUUAGACACCGAACAAAAUGUACAUGAUAAGUUUCAUGAAAUAACCACUCUUGAGGUAAAGGAAGAUGAUGGGCUACCACAAAAACUGUGCAGUGAUUGUUUUUCCAUUCUUAAUUCAGCUUACCAAUUUCGUAAACAAUGUAUGAAAAUGGACAAGGAGCUCAAACUGCAACUAGAAGCUCUAUUAACACAAAAUAAAAAUGAAGAUGCACAAUUGUCUGAGCAAAAUGAAAUUAAAGAACAAAAUAUAAAUGAUGCAGCUUAUGACCCUAUGAAACAACUGCAAGACAUUAUAAAAGCUGAGCCAACAGAUAGUGAUGAUGAUUACUAUUAUGUCCUUGUGAUAGAUGACCCAAAGAAACAAGAGAAAGAAGAAGCUGUUGAAGAACAGUUGCCAAAAAUUAAAGUUGAAGACACCUAUGACAUGCCCUGCGAUAAUGAAGAGGAGAGUCAAGAAGAGGAAAAAGAGACUGAUAGUGUGCCUUUUGAAAAUUCCAUUGAAUCAUUUCUAAUAUCAAACUCGCGUGUUCCUGACAGUGUACCAGCUACUAUUCUUGAAAAUGAGGAAGACAGUCAAGAAAAUGAUAAUACCUUUGAAGGAAUGGAUAUAAAUGAAACUGAGAAUAUUUCGCAAGAGCUAAUUCUACCUCAAAUGAUAGAUUCCCAGGUGCCUAUUGGCAUAGGAAACAGUGAUGAAGCAACUAUUACUAAUAUUGUUGAGGAACUGCCAAAAAAUGCCAAUUUGAUUAAAAUACUAACAACUACGGGUGCUGAGCGCACAAUAAUGGUGAAAAGUGAAGAUGGCAUUAAGUAUUUAACCAAUCCGCAGUUUGUUUCAGCUGAAGAUGGGGAAGGCAUGUCUCAGGAAGAGGUAAUCUUUUGUGAAGGUGAUGACGCAUCACAGUUCCAAAUUUUGAAAUGCGACGGAUCAGAGCUAGUGAUAGAGUAUGCUGAUGACAGCCAAAUCACAACAGUGUUACAACAGGAAGAUGGUACUUUAGUGUGCGAUUGUGGUGAACAGUUUCAAUACCUGGCCGAUUACGAGAAACACCAACACAAACACAAUCCAGCGGGAGAACAUCUCUGCAAUUUGUGCGGAAAAGGUUUUGAAACAUCUGAGAUAUUAAUAGGUCACAUGCUUCUUCAUAGUGUUACAGGUCUACUAGUCACUUGUCCAUUUUGCAAUCAGCUAAUUAGGCGGAACUCUUUGACACAGCAUAUCAAAUACGGUCACAAUAAUAAACCCCGCUGCAGUAUUUGCUUAAAAACCUUUGCAAAUCAAAACAACUUGAAACGUCACAUGAUGAUACACAGCGAUAUUAGGGAGUUCGAGUGUGACAUUUGCUUUAAAAGGUUCCAUCAGAAGAUCACAAUGCAGACGCAUAGACUAACCCACAUGAACCCUUUCUCGUGCAACCAAUGCGGUAGAACCUUCGAGAAUAAAGACGCGCUGCAAGCUCACCGCGAGUCCGAUGAGUGCACUAAAAGCAAAGUGUUGAAGGCCAAAGAGGAAUUGAUGAAAACGGUCAAACAGGAGAUCACAACGAACCUGGGAAAAGUCCUGGGCUACGCUUGCUCCCUGUGCAAGAAAAUGUUUUCAGUAGAGUCCGCUUUAGAGCAGCACGUCGAAAGCACGCACAUCGUGGAUCCAAACGAUUUCACGGAGAACGAUAAAAAUAUGCGCGGCAAAAAUGCCAAGAGGUUCGAAUGCAGCAUAUGCGGUAAGAGCUGCGCUAGUCAGGCGAUGCUUAUAAUGCACGAAAGGGUGCAUACGAACGAAAGGCCCUUCCCGUGUCAGCUCUGCUCGCUGCGGUUUAAAACUAAAACGCAUUUACGCACCCAUCAGUUAACUCACACAAGGGAAAAGAAGUUUGGAUGUUCUGUGUGCAUGAAAUUCUUCGCUCUCAAAGGAAACUUGGUGGUACACUUACGCACUCACACCGGAGAACGGCCUUACGUCUGCUCGUUGUGUGGUGAUGCCUUUAUAGACUCGAAAUAUCUGAAAAAGCAUAAACUCAAGAAGCAUGCAAUCGACAAUGUACCAUAUAAUAAAUAU